AUGAGCAAAGAGCCGGGCUGCCCCUUCGGGCUGACAGUGCUGCUGCCCACGCUGAUCUGGGGUCCCAUGAUCCCCGGGCAGCCACACCUGAACACCUCCGCCAGCGCGUUGGUGGGCUACGUCGACGGGAGCAUCCAGGAGAUCGAGAACGCCUGCAAAACGGUGGUGGAUGUGCGUGAUGUGGCGAAGGCUCACGUGGAGGCGAUUCGCCGAGACGUGGCGGGCAGAAGGUUCCUGCUGAUCGGGGGGUCCCCUCACUUCAAGGAGGUGGCGAACUAUAUCCGGGACGCGUUGCCGGAGGACAUGAAGGCGAAGGUACCCACCAAGGUCUCCGAGAAGUUGGGCCCCACGGUGCUGGGCCCGCCCCCGCCUUUGUCGGUGGCUUACGACGUGGCGCCCACGGAGAAGCUGCUGGGAAUACACUUCACGCCGGUGCGGGAGCAGGUGCGGUCGAUGGUACAGACCAUGCUCGAGAAUGGCUUUAGCAGCGCAGAGCAAUACGUGCCGGACAGGAAUCGCACCCGGCAAGAGUUGGUCUCUGCACGUUCUGAGACAGCAGAUCUGGCCAGAAGGCUAAGCAACAGGCGAUGGAGGAUGACGCUACACUUGGAGUCAGGGUGGGACGUGCUGCGGAAGCACCACGAGCGUUGGCUCCUCAGCGUGGCUUUCCACGCAUUUGGGGCGGCUCGCCAAGUAGUUUGGAGGCGGACUCCGGAUUCCCGGGAUGAUCGAACUUCCCGCGGCCGAGUCGCUGCUUGGCAGUGGCUCUGGCGCAAGAAGGUCGUGAGCCUCUGGCGGCGUGCGACGGGGCUCUCGCAGCGCGACCGCCUGCGGGAGGAUCAGGAAGCCCAGCUUGGCCAUCACCGCAGCUCCAUUUGGGAGCUUCAGGAAUGUGUUGAGCGGCUCCAUGGCCGCCGUGUGGACAUCAAUAGCUUGCUGCAGUCCGAGCGCGCCCGCGUGCAGGAGCUGGAGUCGGAGCUGGGCUCGUGCCAGGGGCAGGUGAAGGAGUUGCAGCGCACACUCAAGGAGCUGCUACGUGCGGCAGUUUCGGGACUCCCAAGAGCGUGA